GCCGGGGAGUUGUUAGGCACUUCCUGUACCUCCCAAUCGAUUGAUUCAGAGUCAGGAAAAUGACAGUGUUUAAUUUCUAUAUAUUUGACCGAAAUGGGACGUGUUUGUAUUAUGCAGAAUGGAACAGAAAGAAGCAGUCGGGCAUUAGCAAGGAGGAGGAAUUCAAACUGAUGUAUGGCAUGAUUUUCUCAAUAAAAUCAUUUGUCAACAGGAUAUCACCAACAGACAUGAAGGACGGUUUCAUGAACUUCAAGACAACCAAAUACAAGCUACAUUUCUUUGAGACGCAAAGUGGUCUCAAGUUUAUUAUGAACACAGAUCUCAAUGUUGGCAGCGUCAAAGAGACAUUGCAGUUGAUCUACAGCUCAAUCUACGUGGAGUACGUUGUGAAGAACCCCCUGUGUUAUCUGGACCAACCCAUCACGAGUGAACUGUUUAAGGCUAAACUAGAUGACUUUGUGCGAGGGUUGCCAAUCUUUCCUACCAGUGUGUCCUAACUGUUAUUGGGAGGUUCAAAGGCUGAUUUUGUUGGAUUCAAGCCUUUGGGCAAUGGACAAAGGUUGUUGUAUAUUGUUGAAAUCAAAUAUGAAAAGGGAAGAAGAGGAUUGAACAAGAUUUGACACUCUUUUUUUUAUUAAGUUUGUUUUGCGGUAAUGAGAAUACAAUUUUUUAAAUGUUGAUGUAAAUUGUAAUGUAUAUUCAGAUGAAUAUGCAUCUUCCCGAGGCAAGGGAGUUAACUUCCUUUAAAAGUCCAGUUUCCACCCUUGCCGAGCUAGGCUGGAAU